AUGUCGAAUGACGACGAUCACCCUGUUGAUAUUGAGAACCCGCCCACCGAUCUCGAGGGUGUAAAUGCGCCUCUCAUCACCAAGCCUGACCAAACACCCAAGACGGAGGAGGAGGUCUGGUUGGAUGGAAUUCCAUCUGUCCAAAAGCCAGGCUACGGCAACUGGAUAUGGGCAGAGAAGCAAUGUGCACGACGCAGUGGGCUCACCGUUGGCGAAGCUAUGGCAAUACAAGCGGCAUAUCGUGUCUAUCAAACGGAUGGUGACAUACAAGAGUUUCAACAUUAUGUCCUAGAAUUUGCGGCAGCCACACUGGGAUCUAUUGCAGAGCCCACAGGUAUGGGAAGCAGUCGUUGGCUCAAGCCAUUAUUGGACAUAGCGCGCGGGCCCUUGUCCGUCAUGGAUGUGGUGAUCCAAUCCAGUCCCACAGUUUCGCCAGUUUGGGCAAGUUUCGCGAUCUUUCUCACAACUUUUUCGACCUCUCAGAAUCACCGCGAGUUUGUGCAGGAACGCAUGCAUACUUUAGAGACACUCACAAAGCUGUUGAAGCUAUUUGUCCCAGACAAAGACGGUCAGUCUGCUCCGCAAGAAAUGUCGAGGCAAGAUCAAGAGACCCAGUAUCACACAGAUCGUGCACUCAAAACGGAUGAUGAGCAGAAUCUUCCGGCGUCCUCAGCAGGCCACACGAGAAUACCAGAAACGUCGCAGGAGCCUGCAAAGCUUGUGUCUGCUGUAGAGCAAACACAGGCUAAAGAGACAAAGCCGCAAAGUGGACUUUCUGAUGCGUUAAGACUUGACCGCAAAGAAUUCGAUAACUUGAUUCGCGAAUUGCUGAGAUCCAGAUCUCACGAAUCUGGCAAGCAGCAACCAGCAGAUGGUACAUCGUCGCCCUUUCUUAUAAUUGGCUGGUUUGCUAAAGGUUCCACCGAUCCAAACGAGAGACUUAUAACACUCGAGGAUGACGAAAACUUGUUCAAGCAAAUACGAAAGAGGGUGAAAUUCAUCAGGGGCUGGCGUGAAUACAUAUCGCUGAAGUCUCUGUGCCGCUUUGGCCUUUACAAGUGUGAUAUACCUCGAGGCGCUCACGUCAAGCUCAGUCUAUCUAAUCAACACGCGAGCACGCUAUCGCAUUUCUUCCGCGCUUAUCAAACGUCGCGAUGGCAUCCAGACAAAGACGUCAGCAACGCCUGGACGGCGUGGGUUCAAAAGAACCUAAAUGCGAACAAUGAACCUAUCGAGGGCAAGUACUCGCUCGAAUUGGUUUACAACUGGUCCCCUGUCCGCCUCUCGGUGCUGGUGUUGUUUCCCGUCCUCUUCAGUUUCGGAACUGGAAUGCUCUACAUGCUUAAAACUGGAGAUGUGAGCACCGCAUGGACUAUUUCUUCAUACGUUGUGACUACAGCUGGUGCCAUUGUUGCUCUUCUUGCCGUUCUUGGAAGUCUGAAAGAGCGCUAG